AUGACACGAUGGAGCCUGCUCUUGUGCACGCUGCUCUGCGGCCUGGCUGGCCCCUCGCACCUCUUCCAGCCCAGCCUGGUGCUGGACAUGGCCAAGGUGCUCUUGGAUAACUACUGCUUCCCGGAGAACCUGAUGGGGAUGCAGGCGGCCAUCGAGCAGGCCAUGAAGAGUCAGGAGAUCUUGAGCAUCUCAGACCCCGAGACGCUGGCCCAGGUGCUCACGGCCGGGGUGCAGAGCUCCUUGAACGAUCCACGCCUGGUCAUCUCCUACGAGCCCAGCACCCUGGAGGUGCCCCGGCAGGCCCCAGCACCCAGCAACCUUACCCAGGAGGAGCUGCUGGCCUGGCUGCAAAAGAGCAUCCAACAUGAGAUCCUGGAAGACAACGUGGGCUACCUACGGGUGGAUGACCUCCCGGGCCAGGAGGUGCUGAGCAAGCUGGGCGGGUUCCUGGUGGCCCACGUCUGGGGGCAGCUCAUGGGUACCUCCGCCCUGGUGCUGGAUCUGCGGCACUGCACGGGGGGCCACGUCUCUGGCAUCCCCUACGUCAUCUCCUACCUGCACCCGGGGAACACUGUCCUGCACGUGGACACCAUCUACGACCGCCCUUCCAACACAACCACAGAGCUCUGGACCCUGCCCCAGGUGCUGGGUGAGAGGUACAGCGCUGACAAGGACGUGGUGGUCCUCACCAGUGGCCGCACGGGGGGCGUGGCCGAGGACAUCGCCUACAUCCUCAAGCAGAUGCGCAGGGCCAUCCUGGUGGGCGAGCAGACCGUUGGGGGCGCCCUGGACCUGCAGAAGCUAAGGAUAGGCCAGUCUGACUUCUUCCUCACCGUCCCCGUGUCCAGAUCCCUGGGGCCCCUGGGUGGGGGCAGCCAGACAUGGGAGGGCAGCGGCGUGCUGCCCUGCGUGAGGACACCGGCUGAGCAAGCCCUGGAGAAGGCGCUGGCCAUCCUCACCCUGCGCCGCGCCCUGCCGGGGCUGGUCCGCCGCCUACAGGAAGCCCUGCAGGAAUACUACACACUAGUGGACCGCGUGCCUGCCCUGCUGCAUCACCUGGCCACCAUGGACUUCGCCACGGUGGUCUCCGAAGAAGACCUGGUCUCCAAGCUCAAUGCUGGGCUGCAGUCCGUGUCCGAGGACCCCAGACUCCUGGUGCGUGCCGUGGGGCCCAAAGAAAUCGCUUCUGGGCUCGAGGCGGCAGCUGAGGACCCUCCAGAGGCAGCCCCCACAAUGCCUCAAGACGAGGCUGCCUGGCAGGUGCUAGUGGACUCCGUGUUCCAGGUGGCGGUGUUGCCGGGCAACGUGGGUUACCUGCGCUUCGACAGGUUUGCCGAGGCCUCCGUGCUGGAGGCCCUGGGCCCGCAGGUGCUGCGGCAGGUGUGGGAGCCCCUGCAGGACACGGAGCACCUCAUCAUGGACCUGCGCUACAACCCCGGGGGGCCCUCCUCCGGCUUGUCCCUGUUGCUCUCCUACUUCCAGGGCCCCGAGGACAGCCCCGUGCGCCUCUUCACCACCUACGACCGCCGCACCAACAUCACGCAGGAGCACAUGAGCCACACGACGCUGCUGGGCCCCCGCUACGGCAACCAGCGCGGGGUGUACCUGCUCACCAGCCACCGCACCGCCACCGCCGCUGAGGAGUUCGCCUUCCUCAUGCAGUCCCUGGGCUGGGCCACGCUGGUGGGCGAGAUCACAGCCGGCAGCCUGCUGCACACCUGCACGGUGCCGCUGCUGGGAACCCCGGAGGGCGGCCUGGUGCUCACCGUGCCUGUGCUCACCUUCAUUGACAACCACGGCGAGGGCUGGCUGGGCGGUGGCGUGGUGCCCGACGCCAUUGUGCUGGCGGAGGAGGCCCUGGACAGGGCCCAGGAGGUGCUGGAGUUCCACCGCAGCCUGGGCGCCCUGGUAGAAGGCACGGGGCACCUGCUGGAGGCCCACUACGCGCGGCCCGAGGUGGUGGGGCAGGCCAGCGCGCUGCUGCGGGCCAAGCUGGCCCAGGGGGCCUACCGCACGGCCGUGGACCUGGAGUCGCUGGCCUCGCAGCUCACGGCCGACCUGCAGGAGGUGUCCGGGGACCACCGCCUGCUGGUGUUCCACAGCCCGGGCGAGCUGGUAGCUGAGGAGGUGCCCCCGCCGCCCCCUGCUGUCCCCUCCCUGGAGGAGCUCUCCUACCUCAUCGAAGCCUUGUUCAAGACGGACGUGCUGCCCGGCCGGCUGGGCUACCUGCGCUUUGAUGCCAUGGCCGAGCUGGAGACGGUGAAGGCCAUCGGGCCACAGCUGGUGCAGCUGGUGUGGCAGGGGCUGGUGGACACUGCCGCGCUGGUGGUGGACCUGCGCUACAACCCCGGCAGCUACUCCUCGGCCGUGCCGCUGCUCUGCUCCUACUUCUUCGCUGCCGAGCCCCGCCAGCACCUCUACUCCAUCUUCGACCGGGCCUCCUCCCGGCUCACGGAGGUGUGGACCCUGCCCCAGGUGGCCGGCCAGCGCUAUAGCCCCCACAAGGACCUCUACAUCCUGACGAGCCACACCAGCGGCUCGGCGGCUGAGGCCUUUGCUCAUACCAUGCAGGACCUGCAGCGGGCCACGGUCAUCGGGGAGCCCACGGCCGGAGGGGCGCUCGCUGUGGGCAUCUACCAGGUGGGCAGCAGCUCCUUAUAUGCCUCCAUGCCCACCCAGACGGCCCUGAGCUCCAUCACUGGAGAGGCCUGGGACAUGGCAGGCGUGGAACCUGACGUCACGGUGCCCAUGAGCGAGGCCCUCUCCAUGGCCCAGGACAUCGUGGCUCUGCGUGCCAAGGUGCCCACGGUGCUGCAGACAGCCGGGAAGCUGGUGGCCGAUAACUACGCCUCCCCAGAGCUGGGGGCCCAAGUGGCCGCCAAGCUGAGUGGCCUGCAGAGCCGCUACUCGAGGGUGACCUCAGAAGUGGCCUUGGCCGAGAUGCUGGGGGCCGACCUGCAGCUGCUAUCGGGGGACCCACACCUGAAGACGGCCCACAUCCCCGAGGACGCCAAGGACCGCAUUCCGGGAAUCGUGCCCAUGCAGAUCCCCUCACCGGAAGUCUUCGAGGACCUGAUCAAGUUCUCCUUCCACACCAACGUGCUGGAGGACAACAUCGGCUACCUGCGCUUCGACAUGUUCGGGGACUGCGAGCUGCUCACCCAGGUCUCCGAGCUGCUGAUAGAGCACAUCUGGCAAAAGAUCGUGCACACCGACGCCAUGAUCAUAGACAUGAGGUUCAACAUCGGUGGCCCCACCUCCUCCAUCUCCGCCGUGUGCUCCUACUUCUUCGACGAGGGCCCACCAAUUCUACUCGACAAGAUCUACAGCCGGCCCAAUGACUCCAUCAGCGAACUCUGGACCCACACCCGGCUCGCAGGUGAACGCUAUGGCUCCAAGAAACCUGUGGCCAUUCUGACCAGCAGCCUGACGGCCGGCGCCGCAGAGGAAUUCACCUACGUCAUGAAGAGGCUUGGGCGGGCCCUGGUGGUCGGGGAAGUGACCAGCGGGGGCUGCCAGCCACCACAGACCUACCACGUGGACGACACCCACCUCUACAUCACCAUCCCCACAGCACGCUCCGUGGGGGCGGCGGACGGCAGCUCCUGGGAAGGGGUGGGCGUGACGCCCCACGUGGCUGUCCCUGCAGACACAGCUCUCACAAGAGCCAAGGAGAUGCUUCAGCACAGCCUGAUGAGGGUGAGGCGCAGCCCUGGCCUGUAGAACCACCAAGAGGUGCACAGCCCAUCCCCCCCGGGCUGCAUGUUCCAGGUGCUCAGUGGGCACCUGUAG